UUAAAUGCAUUUACAAUUUUUGGUUUAAAUUUUCCUUAAAUAUACAAUUUUAUACACAUUUUUCUAAAAUAUGAUUGAAGAUCAACGUAAACGAGUCGAAAAGGCUGUUGCCGACAUGAUACAGGACAUGUACAAGAGUCACUUAAGAAAAAUGCAAUCAGACAUGCAUUUGUGUGCGGUCAACUGUUGCGAUGAUCUCAAUCGCCGACCCAGUCUAGACAACGUUCAAUCCUGUAUAGAAGAUUGUGCUGCGCCGUUGCUGAGAGCCCAGGACUAUGUACAACAUGAAUUACGGCAAUUUCAAUCGAAUCUCCAAAAUUGUGUAAUGCAAUGCAAUGAUGAUGUUCGUAGCAAUGUGCCAUUGAAUACUCAUGAAUCUGAUAUUUCAAAAUAUCGCUAUCAGUUUGAACGUUGCACUAUGAAAUGUGCAGACAAAUAUAUUGGACUUAUACCGAGUAUGAUGCGAUCUAUAAAAACGGUUUUGGCCAACGGGCCUAACGAUAUAAACCAGGCCUGAAUGGCCUAAUGGAUGUAAAAAAAUAUUACUUUAAGAUCGUCACAUGUAUUUUUGAAAAUAUAUACAAUCGAUGA